UCUGAGUGGUUCCUGCUACACGGGUAAUGAACAGUAAUCAGAAAGGACUGCUGUAUCAUGUCGGACUGUGCGCACUAAUUUAUUUCCUAGUUUAAAAUAUGGGUCAAGUGCGGUUUUGCGAAAUAGCUGUUACUGUUAUUUCUAUUUUCAUACUGCUUCAGUGUGUUCCAUCAGCAGUGGGGUCGGAUGACAGCCCAUGGUACCAGGAUCUUUGCAGGUUCAAAUGGGAGGCCAUUGACCAAGACAGCAAUGUGAAAUACACUUUGAAGCUCUGUGAUUCUUCUCCGGAUACAGAAUGUGGAAAAGAAAUCGCGGUGUGUGCCCACAACCUUAAAAGUAACCAGCACCAGUCAGUGGGUGAGCUCUCCUUGCAGAAGGUCUCGCCUGCUGUGCUUGAUUUCAACAGCUCGAGGAAAUGCGAUGGCAAGAGCAGCAACGUUCAGAGCAGCAUCACCUUUCAAUGCGGCAAAACAAUGGGGACACCUGAGUUUGUCACGGUCUCUGAGUGUGUGCAUUACUUUGAAUGGAGGACAUAUGCCGCCUGCAAGCGUGAUAAAUUUAAACCACAUAAGGAGGUCCCCUGCUAUGUGUUUGACUCGGAUGGAAAGAAGCAUGACCUCAACCCGCUAAUUAAACUCUCAGACGGCUACCUGGUUGACGACCCAGAUGACGAUAUUGAUUUCUACAUUAAUAUAUGCCGAAGUCUAAACCGUCCUGGAAGCCCCUGUCCUGAGGGAUCUGCCGCCUGCUUCACCUCUGGCGAAGGUUCCUUCAACAUGGGUCAGCCUGUUAAUCAGCUCAAGCUGCUCUCCAAUGACAAACUAAGGCUGCGGUACGAGGGAGUCACAGAAAGCCCGGCCUUCUGUAAUGGGCACAGUCCAGCAGUGACGAUUACAUUUAUUUGUCCCUCCACAAGGCAGACGGGAAGUAACCCUAAGAUGAUCAGCAAUUUGAAUUGUCGGUAUGAGAUCGAGUGGGUGACUGAGUACGCCUGCCACAGAGAUUACCUGGAGAGUCACAGCUGCAAACUGACCAGCGAACAGCAUGAUAUCUCCAUAGACCUUACUUACCUGAUACACGAACCUUCAGCCAAACCCUAUAUGGCUGAGGCUAAAAGUGGCAGGGACACCUAUAUCUUCUAUCUGAACGUGUGCGGGGAGACCAGCGCUGGACAGUGUCGUGAUGACAAAGGCUAUGUAUCUGCCUGCCAAGUCAAAGACACCGGGGAUGUGAAGAAGAUUGCUGGGAGAUAUCAGAACCAGACUCUGAGAUACUCAGAUGGUGAUCUCACACUAAUCUACCCAGACGGCAGCAGAUGCAGCAGUGGAUUCCAGCGCAUGACCAUCAUUAAUUUUGAGUGCAAUGCAACUGCUGGGUAUGGCCAGCCGGUUUUUACGGGAGAAACUGACUGCACAUAUUACUUUGACUGGCAAACUGAGUAUGCGUGUGUGAAGGAGAAGGAAGAUCUGCUGUGUCGAGUCACAGACCACAAGAAGCGUUAUGAUCUGUCGCCUCUGACACGCUACCCAGAAUCAGAGGGAUCUCAGAACUGGGAGGCUGUGGAGGCAGCAACGUCUGACAAGAAGCGAUUUUACAUCAACGUUUGUCAUAAAAUCAUUCAAGAAGGGGAGGCCAAAUCUUGCCCUGAGGACGCAGCAAUAUGUGCAGUAGGAAAUAAGAAAACUAUGAACCUGGGCAAAUUCCUGACUUCUCCACAAAAGGCGGCAGAAGGUGAUGAUAUCAGACUCAUUUAUACUGAUGGAGACAUAUGUGGCGACAACAAGAGAGUGAAUACUAUUAUCACUCUGAAGUGUAAGCCUGGAGAUGUUGAGAGCGCUCCAGUCCUGAGGAGUGUGUCCAGUGAUGGCUGCAUCUAUGAGUUUGAGUGGUUCACUGCUUCAGCUUGCGCUCUUUCUAAAACAGAAGGCGAUGACUGCAAGGUGGAAGACCCACAAGCAGAAAUUUUGUUUGAUUUGUCCCCGCUUCACAAACCUAGUGGAGGUUAUUAUAACAUGUCGGCUGAAAAGUAUGACUACUUCAUCAAUGUGUGUGGCAAUGUGAAGACAGCACAGUGUCCAGAAACAGCAGGGGCCUGUCAGGUUGACCAGAGCGGCUCAAGCUCUUGGAAUCUCGGCGAGUUUAACUCCAGGCUUUCUUACUAUGACGGCAUGAUCCAGUUGACCUACAAAAACGGCUCUCGGUACAACAAUAAGCAGCACACGCCACGUUCCACACACAUUUCCUUCCUCUGUGACAGAGAGGCUGGUCCAGGAAAACCCGAGUUUCAGGUAGAAGAUGAUUACACUUAUAACUUCAAAUGGUACACUUCCUACGUCUGUCCAGAGAGACCACACGAGUGUGUUGUGACGAACCCCAAAACUCUGCAACAGUACGACCUGUCCAGUUUGUCAGUAGCUAAUGGUGGUAGGAACUGGGAGGCCAUGCAUGCGCCUGACCACGGUAACCCGAGGAAGUACUACAUCAAUAUAUGCCGGCCACUUAAAGCCGUGCCUGGCUGUGACAGGAGAGCUUCUGUCUGUGAGGUGAAAUUCGAGGCUGGCAAGGAAGGCCUGUCUGAGAAGGUAGAGGUCAGUAACUUGGGCGUUGCUAAGAAGGGGCCAGUGAUUGUGACGGAGCACCACCUAAUAUUGGAGUACACUAAUGGCUCGGUGUGUGAAGCAGAUGGAGUGAUGACCACUUACACAACUCGUAUCCACUUCUUCUGCCCGUCUGGGACAGCAAUAUCUGGUCCUCGCUUUUUUAUGAAUCAAAAUUGCACCUUGGAGUUUGUUUGGCACACAGAAGCAGCCUGCGCCAUCUCAACCGUUGAGGACACCAAUCAGACAUGCUCGGUGAAAGAUCCCAACACUGGCUUUGAGUUUAACUUGAAACCACUGGCUUCUGAAAGUGGAUAUCACGUCAUUGCCAAUGGGAACGACUUUGUCGUGAACAUUUGUAGUCCUGUGAAGGAGUGUGGAACUGUCAGAGAUAAACCUGUGUAUGGUUGUGUGCUGGAAGAUAAGAAGCCUGCGAGUCAAGUUGGUGUGGAACAGCUUCUCCAAUUCUCCACUGACGGCGCUCUCACACUAACAUACAAAGGAGUCCUGGACAAGCCGACAGGUACCGAAGACACCUUCAUCAUCAAUUUCGUGUGUGACCAAAAGGCCGACCCACCCUCUCUGAAGCUUAUACAGGAAGAGCUGGGGACAACUACACAACUACACAAUGUGCUCUUCGAGCUUUCCACUCCACUAGCCUGUAAACCUGCUCCUGUGGAUUGCCAAGUCACUGAUUCACAAGGUAGAGAGUAUGACUUGAGUGACCUCAGUCUGGAUGACAAAUAUUACGUUCCUCUGGACACCUCAGAACAGGCACGCUUUCAAAAGUUUUACAUCAACGUGUGUAAACCGCUGCCUCGCGUCCAGGGCUGCCCUGGUGGAGCGAUUGGUGCAUGUGGGCAGCUGAAAGGCAAAAGUGUAAAUCUAGGAUAUGUGCAGUCCAGCCUGCAGGCAGCGGUGGAUGGCUCCAUCAGUAUUGUUUAUCUCAAUGGGGACAAGUGCGGUUCAAGACGAUACUCCACACGAAUCAUCUUCCAGUGUGAUGACAGUCCUGGUGCACCCAUGUAUGAUCGCAAAGAUGACUGUGAAUAUGUCUUCAUCUGGAGAACCUCAGAAGCUUGCCCUAUCAGAAGAGUGCAGGGUGAAAACUGUAAAGUCAAGGACCCCAAGAGUGGUUACGAAUACAAUCUCACACCACUGGCCGGAAAAGACUAUCAAGUGAAGGAUAUGAAUUAUGAGUAUAAUUUUGCAGUAUGCGGCCCAGUUACAUCCACAGUCUGCCCUCACGGUCCCAGCAAUUCUGUGUCCUCCUGUCAGGUCGAGGGCAGUACACACAGGAUAGCAGGUUUAGCCAAUCAAAACCUCACAUUUGAUGAUGGGAUUAUUGUGAUCAACUACACGAGUGGGGAAAAGUGCCACAAGAUCUACGAGCGAUCCACGGCAAUUCUCUUCUCCUGCGACCACGGCAAGAAUCCCGGCAAGCCAGAGUUCGUCAAGGAGACUGCAGACUGCACAUACCUGUUUGAAUGGCACACAGCUUUGGCCUGUCCGUCCUUCAAAACCACAACUUGCUCCUACAAUGAUGGCAGUGGCCACUCAUACGAUUUGUCCUCACUGGCCCUGCACAAAUCUAAUUGGGUGAUCGUGCCAGAUGCGACCAAUCAGAAGCAGCGUUACUAUAUCAAUGUGUGCAAGUCUCUUGUGCCCCAGACCGGUUUGUGGAGCUGCCCAUCUAGUGCUGCGGCUUGUCUGAAGGACGGAGAUGAGUAUGUGAAUCUGGGGGAGGCAGAGGCGGGUCCACAGUGGGAUAAAAACAACCUGAUUCUGAAGUACACCAACGGACAAGCUUGUCCUGAUAAGAAGAGAAACCGGACCACCAUUAUUACUUUCAAAUGCGACCCUGACAAAGUGGACUCUGAACCCACUCGGAUCACAGCUCUGGAGGACUGUGUCUAUACCUUUGUGUGGUCCACUGCUGCAGCCUGUCCUCUCAACAGCACUGCACAUGGCGAUUGUAAAGUCACAAAUCCAGCCACAGGUCAUCUCUUUGACCUUAAUGCCCUCAGUCGGACAGGUGGCUAUACAGUCUAUGAUCCCUUGGCCCAUAGGACGAUGUUCAGACUGAACGUGUGUGGAGAAGUAGCCAAUGCUGGUUGUGCCGCUGGAACAGCUGUGUGCAUCAGAGACGCUCAGAAGGCCAUAAGUGGUGGGAAAGCCUCAAGGAGGCUAGUGUAUAGGAAUCAGGUGGUAGAGCUCACCUAUGAGGAUGGAGACGCGUGUCCCGCCAACCCUGCCCUCAAACACACAAGCAUCUUCAGCUUCGUCUGCAAGUCUGAGGGAGGAGGUACGGAUGAACCCGUGCUGGUGUACUCGGAUGACACCACUUGCACUCACUUCUUCUCCUGGCACACUCCUCUGGUCUGCGAACAACAGGUGAAGUGCUCCGUUUGGAACGGUACCAACCAGAUCGACCUCAGUCCUCUGAUCCAUCUCACCGGUUACUACACAGCUGUCAAUGAGGAUGUAAGUAAAGACAAGUCUCCUGAUUUCUACAUCAACAUCUGCCAGCCUCUCAACCCCAUUCCAAGGGUCAACUGUCCUCCAGGGGCCGCUGUGUGCAUGGAUCCUGUUAAUGGAGAUCCAAUUGACAUUGGACGAAUCACCUCCCCUCCUCGCUAUAACACCAACACCAACGAGGUGGAAAUCACCUUCAGCAGCACAACCGUCUGCCCCUCUGACCCCACCUCCAACUACUCCUCCAAAAUCAUUUUCACCUGCCAGAAAGGAGCAGAGCUGGGUUCUCCCCAGAUGAUCCAGGCACAGGACUGCAUGUAUGUGUUCGAGUGGGCCACUCCUGUGGUUUGCCCAGAGACCAUCACAUCGCAUGGCUGCAAUCUGACCGUCUCCCAGCUGCGCUACACGUUUGACCUCUCAAAGCUGUCAAGGAGCGUUAAGGUUCCUGGGAGCGACUUUAAUAUCAACGUGUGUGGGACUGUGGCAGACACAAAAUGUAAAGACAGUGCUGUUUGUCUGAUCUCAGAGGGUUUGGCGACUUCAUACGGGAACAGCAAAGUCAUGACCCUAGACUACAAAAGAGAAGAGCAGGCUGUGCUCAUGCAAUACGGCGGAGGAGACACCUGUCCUGAAGUUACAGAUAAAAAUGAAGUGUGCAUUUUCCCCUUUAAGUUCAUGAAAAAGACUUAUACUGAGUGCACGAAUGAUGGCAAGACUGAUGGCAGGAAGUGGUGUGCCACUACAAGCGACUAUGACAAAGAUCAGAAAUGGGGCUUUUGCUCUGGUGCACUAAGAGGGAAACGGCAGUCGUCCAUUUUGUUCUUGUGUGACAGAGCGGCGGGUUUUGGAAGGCCUCAGCUGAUUAGCGAAACCCAAAGAUGUUCUGCCACCUUCCAGUGGCGAACGAAUGUGGUGUGCCCACCCAGAAAGAUGGAGUGCAAGCUUGCAGGACAACACCGGACCUACGACCUGCGCACGCUCUCGUCUCUAACAGAGCCGUGGAAAUUUAGCAACGGGGAUGAUUCGUACUACUUCAAUCUCUGCCAGGCCAUUCAUGGAGGCCAGCCAGGUUGUGCAGCAGAAGCCGCCGUGUGUCGCAGACGCGCCGGCGGGAAGACCGAGACUCUGGGCCGUGUUCACACGCAGACCAUGGAGUUAAUCGAUGGAAAAAUCCUCGUCAACUAUUCCAUGGGUGACGAGGUGUGUGGAAACAAGAAACCGGCCAGAACAAUCUUGCAGCUGAAGUGUGGCAGCACAGUGGGCCAUCCGAAAUUAUUAAAGGAGGAUAAAACAGCUUGUGAGUUCUGGGUGGAGUGGGAGACUCGAUCCGCAUGUGCUGUAAAGCAGGAAGAAGUGGAGAUGAUCAAUGGAAGCAUUAAAGUACCCGAGACGGGAGCCAUUUUCAACCUGGGAGGGCUUUAUUACCGUUUCCACAACGCCACAGGAGACAUUCGUCCCAAUGGAGAUCGUUAUAUCUACCACAUCCAGCUGUCAGGCAUCACUGACAGGUCCAUUUCCAGUUGUCUGGGUGCCAAUAUCUGUCAAGUCAAGAUUAAUGACAGUUACCGUAGAAAAAUUGGUUCUUCCAGCAAAGCCAAGUAUUAUAUCAAAGGUGGAAAUCUUGACGUCUCUAUACCAUCUGAAUCUGUAUGUGGACGAGACAAAACCAAAACUGUGUCUUCGACCAUCCUGUUCCACUGCAGUCCUACGGCAGGAGAAGGUAUCCCAGAAUUCCUUCUGGAGACGGAUGGCUGCCAGUAUCUGUUUGUUUGGCACACCUCCACCGUUUGUGAAUUUUUUUCAUCCAACUCAGUGGACCCACACAGCACUGAUGGAGGGGAGGAGCAUGCUGGAUUGUCUGGGCGGAGUCAGGCAUUAGGGGCGGUGCUUAGCUUGCUGUUGGUUGUGCUGACAAUCUGUUUGCUUGUUCUUCUGCUGCACAAACGAGACAGGAGGCAACUUGUAAUACAGAAAGUGUCAAGCUGCUGCAGGAAAGGAAAUCCAGUAUCCUACAAAUACUCCAGGGUGAACACAGAUGAGGACGGAUGUGAAGAUGAGAUGGAAUGGCUAAUGGAAGAGACCGGGACGCCCACACGGGAGCCUCAAGAAAACGGUCACAUCACCACCAAACCGGUCAGCGCAGACGCCCUGCGCUCCUUCUCCCUGGACGAGCAGGACAGCGAGGACGAGGUGCUCACAGUCCCAGGGGUGCGAAUCGCCCCGUCUUCGUCCACUUCCUCAAGGCUGCAAUCAGCUUUGCUGAAAGCAGAGAGCGAUGAGGAUCUGGUCGGGCUCCUGGUGGACACGCGGAGCAGAAAUAAGACCAGAUACAGCGAUAGAAACCAGAGGAAACCUCAGCCGGACCCUGAUGACAGCGAUGAGGAUUUACUUAAAGUCUGAGGGCGCCGAGCGGCCCGAACUGAACUUUUGAAUGUCUCUGCCACCACGCUCCAAGUGUUUAUUUGCUCCAUUUUGGGUUUUCUAAAGGGAAAUCUCUCUGUGAGCUGUUUACCUAACAGCUUUCAAGAGCAAGUUGGACGACUCGUCCACUAAAUAGACUCGAUGCCUUUUUUGACAAAAGAAGUUUUUGUCAUUUGAUCGUUUAUUUGUUCGUGUGUUCGGUUUUCCAUUGAUUAAGAUGAAUCGUGUACAGCAUCAUGUGUAUGUGAAUUUGGUCUCCCACAAACCGGACUAUAUAGAUUUUUUUUUUAUUGUUAUUUAAAGAUUUUGGGGUACUGUUUUUUUGUUAAUUCACCAGCUCACUGGAAAAAAUACACUGUUCUUUGAAAUAAUUAAGGAUGAUUGUGGCAGAUACAGUCAAAGAUCUUUUCUAAACUACAAUCUUAAGCAGUAUUCCACAUAUCUUGAGCCAUGUAGCACCGAGAGGAGAUUGAUCCGCUUUGUCAAGUUAAUAUUUAAAUCACAAACCUUUGAAUAUCAUGCUUCACAUUUGCGUUACGCAUUGACAUUCACAUUUUAGCUUUAGCUGCGUUCAUCUAAACCAUAACAUCCACCUGUUGGGUGUUUUGUGCAAUGCUUUUUCCCUCUUGUUCUGAUAAAAAGCAUGUUCUAAUUGCCCUAAUAGAACACAGAGCACAUACAGAGAUUUAGUGCCAUGAAGAAAUAACAUUGCAUGUGUGACUGCUGCAGGCUUCCUUUAGAAUCAUAAUUUCUCAUCGCAAUCAGAAGGAAAAUUAUUGCAAUUCACUGUGUGGGGUUUAUUUGCGUUAUUUUUUUAGUAACACUUUACAAUAAGGUUCAGUUCAUUUAUGUGGCAUUGUGAUGGUAAAAGAUAAUGAGAUGGGAGGAAAAAUUGUAUUUUAGUUCUUUUGCAUUCACUCAUAAAACAUUUGAGUUCUCUAAAGAAACUUGCUUUGCUCUCAAAACAAUUGCAUUUGAUAGAAACGUUUUGUUCAUUCUCAAAACUUUUGCAUUUAAGCAUAAAAUGUUUGAGUUCCCCAGAAAAACUUUUGCAUUCCCUCACAAACUAUUGCAUUGCAUUGAUUGUUUGUAAAACUUUUGCAGUUCCCUAAGAAAUGUUUUGUUCACUCUCAAAACUUAUUUCGAUUGCAUAACAUUUCCUCUCCUUUGAGAAACGUUACAUUUGUUCGCAAAACUUGUGCAUUGAAGCGUAAAACUUUUGCAUUCCCCCGAGAAACCUCUGCAUUCUCUUGCAAAACUAAUGCAGUUGAUCAUAAAACUUUAGCGUUUUUUAAAGAAAUAUUUUGUUUACUCUUAAAACUUUUGUUUGAUUGCAUAACGUUUCUUCUCCCUUGAGAAACGUUGCGUUAGUUCUCAAAACUUUUGCAUUUAGGCAUAAAACUUUUACAUUCUCCAGAACAACUUUCGCAGUUUCUUGCAAAACUAUUGCGUCUGAUUGUAAAACCUUUGCAGUUCUUUUGUUUGUGAACAUGUGGUCUUUCCUGAGAAACGUGUUAAUUCGCAAAACUUUUGCAUUUAAUCGUAAAACUUUUGCAUUCCCCCUAAAAUUUUAGCGUUCACUUGCAAAAUUUUUGUUUUUGAUCAUAAAACUUUUGCAUUGUUCUGAGAACCUUUGUUUGGUCACUAAAACUAUUUGAUCAUAAAAAUUCCCUGAUACUUUUUUCGUUUUUUUUUUUUUUUUUUUUUCAUUAUUUGUGUUCCGCUGAGAAGCAUUUGCGAAAUGAUUGCAUUUAAGCGUAAAACUUUUGCGUUCCCCCGAAAAACUAAUGCAUUCUCUCGCAAAAUUUUUGCAUUUGAUCGUAAAACUUUUGCAGUUCAGUUUUGUUUGAUUGUGAUUUUGUUUUGUUCACUCACAGAUCUUUUGUUUGAUUGCAUAACUUUUCAUCUCCCUUGAAUUUUUGCGUUUAAGCAUAAAACUUCUGCAUUCCACAGAAAAACGUUUGCAUCCCCUCGAAAAAAACUAUUGCGCUUGAUUGUAAAACUUUUGCAAAAACUUUUGCAGUUCUCUUAGAAACUUGUUUGUGAACAUGUGGUCUUUCCUGAGAAAUGUUAAUUUGCAAAACUUUUGCAUUUAAGCAUAAAACGUUUGCGUUACCUCAAUAAAUUUUUGCGUUCACUUGCAAAAUUUUUGUUUUUAAACUUUUGCGUUGUUCUGAGAACCUUUGUUUGCUCACUAAAACUAUUUGAUCAUAAAAAUUCCGAUACUUUUUUCAUUCUUUUUUUUAUUAUUAUAUUAGUGUUCUGCUGAGAAACAUUUGCAAAACUCAAGCAUUUGCUUGCAAAACAUUGUUUCAUCAAGAAACUUGGUUUGCUCACAAAACUAUUGCAUUUGAUUGGUUCUCAAAGAAACAUUUUGUUCACUCUCAAAACUUUUGUUUGUUCACAAAACAUUUGCAUUUAAGCAUAAAACUUUUGCAUUCCCCAGAGAAACUUCGGCAUUCUUAGCAAAAUUAUUGCAUUUGAUCGUAAAACUUUUGCGGUUCUCUAAGAAACGUUUCGUUCACUCUAAAAACUUUUGUUUAAUUGCGUAGCUUUUGCUGAGACACAUUGAGUUUGUUCGCAAAACAUUUGCUUUACCUCUAAACUUUUGUGAUCACUUGCAAAACGUUUUUUUUUUUUUAUUAUAGGACUUUUGCAUUGGUCUGAGAACCUUUGUUUGCUCACGAAAACUGUCAUCGUAAAAACUUUUUUGCAUUCCCUGAUAUUUUUUUCGCCCUGUUUUUUUCUCAUAGCGUAAAAAUGUUUUGUGUUCCUCAGAAACUUUUGCCUUCCUUUGCAAAACUAUUGCAUUUGAUUUGUAAAACAUUUGCAGUUCUCUAAGAAACUAUUGCGUUUGAUCACAAAACGUUUGCGGUUCUCUAAGAAAUGUUUUGUUCACAAAAUUUUCGUUUGAUUUGUAUAACUUUUGCUAUCCCUUGAGAAACGUUGUUCGUUUGCAAAACUUUUGCAUUUAACCGUAAAACUUUUGUGUUCCCCAGAGAAACGUUUGCAUUCCCUCGCAAAACUGUUGCAAUUGAUUGUAAAACUGGUGCAGUUCUCUAGGAAAUGUUUUGUUCACUCUCAAAACUUUUGUUUUCAUAACGUUGUUUGUUUGCAAAACUUUUGCAUUUGAAUGUAAAACUUUUGCAUUCUCCCAAGAAACGUUUGCAUUACCUCAAACUUUAGCGUUCACUUGCAAAACAUUUGUUUUUGAUCAUAAAACUUUUGCAUUCCCAGAUUUUUUUUUUUCGUUUGUUUUUUGUUUGUAGCAUAAAAAUGUUAGUUUCCAUGAGAAACAUUUGCAAAACUCAACCAUUUGUUCGCAAAACAUUCGCGUUUCCUCAAGAAAUUUACUCGCAAGACAUUUGUGAUGGAAGUUAUAUGAGGUUGGAGGGAAAACUACAUUUUAGUGCGUUUUAUUAACAGAAUUUAUUAAUAUUUUAAUUUUAGAAAUAUUAUUUCAUGUUUGUUCCUAAUGCAUUAACUAAUGUAUUAGAAAAGCAUUAGAAUUUGCAAUUUACCUAGAUUAAUAAAUUCUGUAAAAGUAUUGUUCAUUGUAAGUUGGCGACAUCUAAUGCACUAACUGAACAAACUGAACUUUAUAGUAAAGUGUUACCUAUUAUUUAAUCAUUUUUCUGUUAUUUUUAUUUACGUUUUGCACAGGAAAAUUCAUUGCCUAUGACAGAAGCCACAAGUAAAGCAGGUGUCAGAAAGCCUUUUACAAAGCACUUUUCCCAUUAGUGUGAAUUGUUGUUUCCAGCUGCAUUAACCGAAUACAACACGCUGAUGUUUUAUUUGCUGAAUCAGUUUCGGCUCACGUUGUUCUGCUGACAUUGAGAAAGAUGCAUAUGGUGACACAAGUUGUGUUGCUCUCCAGAAAUGAUUUACCAAAAUGUUUUUCUCACAUGGCAGUGAAGGUACAACAGGACACCGGUCCUGUCUAACAGCAUGUGUACAGUGUUUUUCACUCUGGCUCAAUGCUCUUUGCUCUAAUAUUUUGUCUCAUAGGCUUGUAUUACCAUCCGUCAGUGUAUUCCUCACAUAUAUGGUUGCCAAAUAAAGCCACACCAGUUCUGUAUAUCUGUCAUAACUCACUGUUCCCGAGACGGUACAUCAGGAUGCAUUAAGGCAUGCCUGGAUGUCUAUUUUAGUACUUUGCACUUUGGUGGACAGUUUUUUUUUUUUUUUUUUUUCCUGUCUUUUAGGGCAGACGGUGGACGGUGCACUUGAUAGCUGUUGAUCACGUGCUCCUCCUCUCCUUACUGAAAAAAUGUCUGCACCUGCUGUUUGGCAUAUUGUACAAUACACUUCUCUCAAAUACUUAAAGAAAAGGUCCUGAGGUGGUCUUUUUUUCCUGAUAGAGGCUUUAGCUCUUCUCAGACUGUACUUGUCAUGUUUUACAGCAUCUUGUUUUGGGAUUCUAAUAGUUUAUGCUGAGAUAUUAUGGCAUUAUUUCAAUAAAACUAUCAGCUCCUCGGCAUGCAUUUUUA